UAUGACGUAAGUGCUCAGAAAAAUCUGUAAAACGAAAGCUAUUACAUUCGGAGAAAACACGCACAGCUGAUUUUACCUCUGCAUUGUACCUUGUAUAGAGACAACGAUGAAUAGAUUUAUCCAUUUUGGAAUCGGUGUCGUGCUGUUGGUUUUGGUGUGUCUGACGUCUUGUAGGGGUGAUGCUGCAGACCCAGUAACUACACAAAAGCCACCAGAAACAAGUGAGACUCCAGACAUUCAAGUUGGUGGGUGUAAUGCCUCAGUUACUUACGACACCUGCUGUAAUAAUACUGGUUGUUCCUGGAUUGAAUGUUUAAAUGCAUCAGGAAGCGUUAUUCAUACAGGCUGCCAUAACCUCAGCGACCCAGCUGAUAGGAAGAUAGCAGUAGAUGAUUGUAAAGUGAAUGACACUGUUAUAGACCAGAGAAAUACCUGCACUCCCCCACCUGAAACAACAACUCCUACCCCCAGCACCACUACUGUAACACAGCCAACAACCGCAACACCAACGCCUGCAGAAACUUGUCAAAACUACACCACACAAGAGGAUUGCUGUGGAGCUAAGGGGCUGGCACUUAAAUGUUUGUAUGUCAACUGUACAACAAAAGAGAACCCAAAAGGAACAGCAAGGUGCCUCAAUUCUACCAAUAAGGCAAGCCUAUGUACUCCAGCAUCUCAAGUGAUUUGUGACAGUAAUCAGACAACUACCACAGUAGCACCAACAACUACCACAGCAGUACCAACAACAACAGGUGGUUCUACAAGUACAACUUCAAAAGCCCCACCAACAACUCAGGCACCACACACAGGAACCACCCCACAUGGUCAGCACUUUGAUGGGGCCUCCUUCUUUGGGGGGAUGAUUUUGAUGGCUGGCCUGUUUGUCAUUGCAUUUUUUGCCAUAAAGUUCUACCGAGCACGCAAGGACAGGAGUUACCGCACUCUGUGAUUUUCAGCCAAUCAAAUCUGAUUUUGCCAUUCAGCUCUGAAUUCAGGAUGUUUAUUCAAAAGAAUGGAAGUGGGGGACUUAAAUUUUCAUUGUUAAAAUCAAUUUCAAUUAAUAUAUGAAUAAUAGCCUGUAUAAGAGGAAAACUGGUGCUUCUCUGAAAAUAGAAAUGCAUUUAGAAGCCAAAAUAGAGACAGAGAAAGAAAAUCUAUUUUUACUAUGGACACUUGCUCAGCAUUGCACUGUAUAUUUUUAUAAUGCUCAGAUUUAUAAAAUUGUUUAAACCUUUAUAUAUAUUUUUUGGCAAAAAAGAUGCUUUUUUACAGGACUUUUUUUUUGAUUUGGCUAUUAUAAGGGUAAGAUUUAAGACAUGUUUACUUAUUAGAUUAGUUUGCUUGUUGAAUUGUGUGCUCUAGUUGGUAUAUCUGUUGUUUGCUCUUCCAGUUCACAAAAUUAUCUCAAACGCAUGUUCAAUUUUAAACUACAUAGACACUGUUUUCAUGUCUAUGCAUGUUUGAUCUGAUGUUAGUAAGAUUUGAUCUGAUUUGGUUUUAAAAAGCAUUGCAUCUGUUUAGUUGGACAGGAUUUAAAAGUAUUGGUUGAUCUGAUUGGUUUUUAUUGAUAGGAUCAAAGUAAUGAACGAUCUGAUUGGUUUAUAAGUAAUGGUUGAUUUCAUUGGUUAUAAGUAAAAGUAGAUCUGAUUGGUUUAUAAGCAUUUAUUUGUUGUAUCUGAUAUAAUGCAUUUGAUUGGCUUUCAUCUUUACUGUAUUGGGGUUCAUUUCAACACUUUCUUGGUUGAAUUUAGUAGUUGACAAGCAAUAUUGCUUUAACCACAGAAAAAAGAAUUUAUUAUUUUACUUUGUCCAUUUCAAAGUUUACUUCUUUGUGAAAAUUAAAAGAAUUGAAUUUUUUUCUUUUGUACCAUACAAAAUCUUUUCUUUGGGAUGACAUGUAAUUUGUGUGUAGAUAGGUUCUUGUUUUUAUAUAGCAGAACACAUACACAACAAAACUGUCAUAACAAGCUUUUCAAUUACACUAUAAAUGGCCUAUAUUUCCAAUUUUCAUUGGUCUUUAAUAUUACUUUUAUUAUUUUGCAGUGUUUUUUGAAAAAAUAAGAAAUAAAAAUACUAUAUGCAUUGAUUCAUAAUUAAAGUGCUUGCUAUAAUAUUUACUGUUAAUGGAUAUGUAAUUUUAUUUUUUGGGUUAUAGUUUGUAUUUUAAGACGUUGAUGUUUUGGAGUGUGAUUUUGAUUAUUAUGAGAGGAAGUUUGAAUGGGAGGGGAAGAUCAGAAUUGGUGACAGUAACGUAUUAUCCUACACUGCUGUCUGUCAUGGAGUCAAACUGGUGACACUAUAACACAUUCCAUGUAAUCCAUGUUUUAUUGCUUUGUUUUCAUUAAAUCACAGUCUACUGAUUUUAAAAGUAAGAGCUAAAAAUUAGCUUGGACCUUUUAUACUUUCAAAAAUUACCCAGACAUUACUUUGAAAUAUUUAUUUCUCCUUUUAUACAGCCAAAAGUUGUAUUUUCAUUGAUAUAAUUUUUGAUCUCUGAAUGUUUAUAGUUUGAGUUAAUGAACAUGUCCAUGUGUACAAGGAAUAUCUGGUAUGUGAGAUGAUGAAUUGACAAAGUUCAGUUGAUAGAUAUUAAUAUAUAAUCAUGUAUACUUAGAAUUAAGUGCUAUGGGGUUAUUAUUCAAGUGCCUACAUUUCAUCACAUUUGUCAGAAUGAUAGUCAUAUAUUCAGAUUUGUUAUGAUAUCUUUAUCUUCAAGAGGUGUAGAAAAUCUGAAGUAAAAUGAUUUGGAUGAGCAUGUUUACUUGGUGAUUCUUCACACACACGUAUUCCAGAAACUGCCAGAUGUCGAAAAUAUAAAAUUUAAAAUUGGUGAAAUAUUUGAAAUUUGGAAAAAAAAAAUUUUUUUUUUUGCAGGAAGUAUCUCAUUUUAAGCCCAUUUUGUACAUAUUCCAAAGAUGUUUGAAUUAAAAAGAUAAUUGCCAGAGAAAUGAUGUUCCUGAUUCAGAGUGAGUUGUUUAUUAUCUGUGGGUCAGGGUUAUUGAGUUACUUGUAUGUCAUCAGUGUGACACCACAUUUAUCACAUAGUCAUGGUCUGUAUGUUUGUGAAUGAGGCAUAUGUAGAAACAAAUAAAGCCUUAUCAGAAUUUAUUUAAGGGGACAUGAGCUAAGGGGAGAUAACACAUUGCUGUGAUUGACAAAAAUAAUUAAAUUUAAUGCAUGAAAUCAAUGUCUUAAUUCAUGCUAAUGGAAAUUUUUAAUUCAAUUUUUUUUUGAAAAGCAUAAACUGACAUAUAUGAAUGUCUCAAAUUUUAGUGCACUUUCGUACUCAUAAUAAAUAUAGAACUGGCUAUUCUGUUACAAAUAUUCAAUAAACUUGUCCUUUUCACCCAGUAAAUCCAUCUGAUUAUUAGAUACUGUAGCUCAUGCCAGUUUUUGAUGACUUGUGUAGCUCAUGCUGGUUUUUGGUGUAUGAUCUUGUAUGCCUGGCUACUUACUGUGUGAGUUGUGUUACCAGAGGAAAAAGAUAUAUACACCAUUGAGACACCUUUCUCUCUUCUUAAGGUGUACAUAUGUAUAUUUUUGUGUAAUUAUAAAUUGUAUAUAAUUUUUUUUUUCCACUGGUCAAAGGUAUGACGUUUGUCGCUUUUGUUUUUAAAUGUGGUGAUCAUAUCAUUUUUAUUAUUAGCACGUAAUGAGCAGCUGGUGAAUAAAAAGCAAUAUUGUAGGGAAACUUAUGUAGAUGUAUGAAAAAUUAUUCUAAAUUCCAAAUCAAGCAUUACAACACUUUGAUUGAAUUUAUUUGAUUAAAUGUAUUUAAAGAUUUGAAUUCUUUACAUAUAAUCUUCAAACAUUUUUAUUCACAUGUACUAUUAUGGUGAAUAGUAUAAAUUUUUGUGUUUCUUUGAAUUUAUUUUAUUUAUGUUUAAAAGAGAGUACAUUUUCCUUAUUGAGAAUUCUAGAAAUAUUAGCUGGUAACUUUAAAUUUUGUGCCCACUAUUGAAGUCAAUAAAUCCUCAUUGCCCAUUGACAAGCCAAAUUCCUCCUUCUCUUUCUUUGGUUUAUUUCACAAAAUUAUCAUUUAUAUAUAACACAGGCUUUCCUUUUUUUUUUUUUUAUUAAAAGAGCAUGGGUAAAUGAUUUUUUCAGGUGAAACAUUGGUCUUCUAAAUCAGGCUCUUUUAUUUUAAUGGGAAUGAAACAGAUAUAUAAAACUUUUAGAUAAAAUGGUGCUAAUCCUAAAGAUUCUGGGCAUAGGGACAAAAUGUAAAACCUUAAAGAUUACAGUUGCUCUAAUUCUCUAAGAACAGAAAUAUUGUGUUGUACAUCUGAGGGAAGAUUUAAAGAAUUUAUGUUUUAUUUUUUAAAGAUGAUACAUCUUUGUGUUAUUAUGUAUUACAGAUUAUAAUUCAGUAAGGUUAUCUGUGCUUAUACCUGUUUCCAGUUUGCCAUUGUUAAUUAAUGCCUAGUUAAUAUCAUUAAAAAUUUGUCACGACAGAUA